AUGGGCGUCCGUCUCUCUCUGGAUGAUCCGGUGUAUAUCGGCCAGAAUUUCCUCUACCUCACUCUCAAUCUCGGCGUCGUCUUCCACGUAGAUGAGCUCCUCGUCUUCUGGUUCCGCCAGAUCUGCCACCACCUCAGCCGUAUCCUUCUCGCGAUCUCCGAUACGUCCCGUGUGUCUCGGGGAUGGUGCGAUAUCAACAACCGCCGUGCGUCCUUAGAAGCCCGUGCUGAUCAACUUCUCUUUGUGAUAGUGGUCGACUACCUUUUUUACCCGACUCAGCCAAGGCCUCCGAGCCAGUAA